AUGUCCGCCUACAUCGCCCUCCAAUCCUGGAAACUCGCCAUCGUCUCCGACCCACUGGGCUUCACCUCCAAUUGGGCCGGCCCAAACGUCUGCAACUACACCGGCGUCUACUGCGCCCCUGCCCCAGACAACCCUUCCCUCCUCACCGUCGCCGGCAUCGACCUCAACCACGCCGACAUCGCCGGAAUCCUCCCCGAACACCUCGGCCUCCUCCGCGACCUCGCCCUCUUCCACAUCAACUCCAAUCGCUUCUGCGGCAAGCUCCCGGCCUCCUUCCUCCACCUCAAGAUCCUCCACGAGCUCGACGUCAGCAACAACCUCUUCUCCGGCCCUUUCCCCUACGUCGUCCUCUACCUCCCUUCCCUAAAAUUCCUCGACAUCCGAUUCAACCAAUUCUUCGGCGACAUUCCUCCCGAGGUCUUCGAUUUGCCACUCGACGCGCUCUUUCUCAACGACAACAAGUUCAAGUCUCUGCUUCCGGUGAACCUCGGGAACUCCCCUGUUUCCGUCCUCGUCCUGGCGAACAAUCUGGUUACGGGUUGCAUCCCGCCGAGCGUGGCCCAAAUGGCGGAGACCCUAGACGAGAUUAUCCUCGCGAAUUUGGGCCUGACGGGCUGUUUGAGGCCCGAAAUCGGGGAGCUCAAGGAGCUCAAGGUGUUGGAUCUGAGCUGUAAUAAAUUGGUGGGCCCGUUGCCCGAGUCGAUCGGCGGGAUGGUGAGUUUGGAGCAGUUGGAUGUUGGGCAUAAUAAAUUUUCGGGCCCGAUUCCGAGAGGGAUUUGUUUGUUGCCGAAAUUGGAGAAUUUUGUGUACGCGUUCAAUUACUUCACCAGCGAGCCGGCGGAGUGCGGGAGAUUGGGGGACGGGAACGAUGAUCGGAAGAAUUGUAUUGUGGGGAGGCCACGUCAGCGGUCGGCGGCGGAGUGCGCGUUGGUUGGGGCGAAUCCGGUGGAUUGUCUUCUUGCCGGCAGUAUAUGUCCGUUUGAGUAA